CCAGUCUAUAUUGCUGAGACAGAAACUCAGAGAACAGCAAGAAGAAUGAAUGCUUCUCUGGUAAAUGCUCCCCAGGGUCUGUUAACAUUCAAGGAUGUGGCUGUGGACUUCUCACAGGACGAAUGGGAAUAUCUUGACCGUGCUCAGAGGGCACUGUAUGUGGAUGUGAUGUUAGAGAAUUACAAAAAUCUCUUUUUUGUGGAGAGUCAUCGCUUAACUCAUAAAUAUGAGAACAUCUUGGGUGAAGACAUACAGUGUAUUGUCCACGAGCAUGUGAAUCUCCAGUCUUAUAAAUGUCAUGAACUUGGAAAACUUAUUCAUGAAUCCACCCAAAGUACAUCUUAUAAAGCUAGUCAUAAAAAUAUAUCUCUUGAAUCAUCAUAUGUAAACAGACAUGGUUCUAUAAACACCAAAGAACCUUGCAGAUGUAAAAACUGUGUAAACUGUUUAAAUUUGUGUUCUAUCAUUAGUCUUUAUCAAGGAAUCCACAUAGGACAAAAAGAACACAAGACAGAGCUUGAUAAGGCUUUUGACACUAAACAUGAACUCAUGCUUAAACAAACCAAUAGUGGAAAUAAACCUUACAAAUGCAGUAAAUGUGACAAAUGCUUCACCCGUAAAGGAGAUCUUUGGAGUCAUCAGAGAAUUCAUACAGGAGAGAAACCUUACAAAUGUAGUGAAUGUGACAAAUGCUUUACCCGCAAAGGAGACGUUAUUAUUCAUGAGAGAAUUCAUACAGGAGAGAAACCUUACAAAUGUAGUGAAUGUGGCAAAUGCUUUACCCACAAAGGUGGUCUUAGAAGUCAUCAAAGAAUUCAUACAGGAGGGAAGCCUUACAAAUGUUGUGAAUGUAUCAAAUCUUUUAACCGGAAACGCAAUCUUAGAAUUCAUCAGAGAAUUCAUACAGGAGAGAAACCUUACAAAUGUACUGAAUGCACCAAAUGCUUUACACGCAAAGGAGAUCUUAUUAUUCACCAUAGAAUUCAUACAGGAGAGAAACCUUACAAAUGUAAUGAAUGUGAAAAAUGCUUUACUGUCAAAAGUGACCUUGGAAUUCAUCAACGGAUUCAUACAGGAGGGAAACCUUACAAAUGUAGUGAAUGUGUCAAAUCUUUUACACAGAAAGGCAAUCUUAGAAGACAUCAGAGAAUUCAUACCGGAGAGAAACCUUACAAAUGUAGUGAAUGUAACAAAUGUUUCACCCAGAAAGACAUUCUUAGAAGACAUCAGAGAAUUCAUACAGGUGAAAAACCUUACAAAUGUAGUGAAUGUGAGAAAUGUUUCACCCAGAAAGGCGAUCUUAGAAGACAUCAGAGAAUUCAUACAGGAGAGAAACCUUAUAAGUGUAAUGAAUGUGACAAAUGUUUUACCCUGAAAAGUGAGCUUAGAAUUCAUCAGCGAAUUCAUAUAGGAGGUAAAUUAUACAAUUGUAGUGAAUGCGACAAAUGUUUUACCCAAAAAUGCAGUCUUGGUAUUCAUCAGAAAACACAUGCAGCAGAGAAACCGUAUAAAUAUGGUGAAUGUGAUAAAUUCCUAACCCAGAAAUGUAAUCUUAACAUUCAUCAGAGAAUGCAUACAGUAGAGAAACACUACAAAUUAGGUGAGUGAGACAAAUCUGUUACAAAGAAAAAUCAUUUUAGAAGUCAUCAGAGAGUAUGUACAGGAGAGACACCUUACAAAUGUAGUAAAUUUGCAAAUCCUUCACUGUUGACUUAUCUCUUAGAAGACAUCAGAGAAUACAUAGAGGAGAGAAACCAUACAGAAACUCUGUUUCAAGAAAAUUCUUUUCCAGAAUCUCAGGUCUAAAAAAAUUAUCUUGUAUUCAUGGUGGGAACAAAGUUUUCACUUUGAAAAGUCUGGUAUAUGCUUUAUGCAUGCAGUAUUUUUGUGGCACUUCAGGCUCUGUACAAGAGAAUUGUUAUGAACUAAAGAAACUUGUGAAAACUUUUAUGUAAAUGUUCAAAUCUUAUUAACUAUCAAGCACUUAUGCUAAGAGAACCUCCUGAAAUGUGACAAUGAAUGAAAUUUUUCUUUAAAUCUUUUUACUUGUUCACUCUUCAAAUAAUUCAUAAUAAAAUCCAAGUGGAAAAGCCAGAAAAAUGUGAUAUUCUAUAAUAGUUCCUUGGAAACUGAAAUAUCCAUUGCAAAGGGAAUUACUCACUGAUUAAGAUUGGUAAUACUCCUCUCAAAAUAAUGACACCAAUAGCAUUCUGUAUGUCUAAUUCAAAUGAAAAAAACCUCAUACUACUUAAAAGACAAUAUGACAAACUAAGCCACAAAGAUAGGAUGUUCUUUAUCCUGUAGGUGUGCUUACAGAUAUGCAGUUUCCUCCAAAUGUCCGGUAUUCAUAAUCUGUAUCAUAUGCUGGUUUCAAGUUUUAGGAUAGCAACUAUGUUUAAAUAUUUUGGCUUUGACCACUAACUCCUUGCCCAUACUCCUGUGUGUAACUCCAAUAAAUCUCAUUGAUUCAACAA